AUGGGAGCUGCAGCUAGUACACCAUCCAUGCCCUCCGUGGAUCCACCGGCAGCAACUUGUCCCGUGGACCACAAAACCCGUGAAAUUUGGCUGCAACAGAAUAGCAACUCACCUCGUCCUACCUCCGAUGUCCCUGCGGAACAAGAACAACCACGUGCUAAAGCACAACGACCCCUAUCAACAGACCGUGAAGUGAGCACAAUCCCUCGAGCCGGGGAUUUCAGCUCAGCGAGUGCCUGCCCCGAGGCAAACAAAGGUUCUCCGUCCCCAUAUGCCGCCUCGCACGGAAGCCCGUCCAAUGCUGAAUCCGAGACUGGCCGCGAUGAAGCCACUGGAAACUGGAUCUAUCCAUCGGAGAAACAAUUCUUUGAGGCCUUGAUGCGCAAGGGUAACGCUCCUGGGUCUGCUGCCUCCGCCUCAGAGCUCGCGACUUCCGUAGCUUCCAUAAUCCCCAUUCAUAACGCCGUCAAUGAGCGCGCAUGGGAUCAAAUUCUCGAAUGGGAGAAAAAAGGCCCCUCGGCCGACCCCGGGAGCAAGAAAUGUGGAGGACCGAAAUUAUAUUCUUUCCGGGGACUUGGAGUCGACCCACAGUACCUGAGUCCGCGUGCGCGUAUUAAUGGAUGGCUUGGCUACCAACACCCAUUUGAUCGACAUGACUGGGUUGUUGAGCGUUGUGGUGGUGAAAGGAUUGAAUAUGUUAUCGAUUUUUACCAGGGAAAGCCGUCCGGGGGCAGCGAGAACCCGUCAGGUCUGGCUGCCAAUGCUAAUGGCACACCUGGAAAGCUCAGUUUCUUCCUUGACGUUCGACCCAAAUUGAACACUUAUGAAGGCUGGAGACUAAGGUUCAACCGCUUCAUAGGUCUAUGA